UUGUGCGCCGUUUAAAACGUUCCGCCACCGGGGCUACAUUUUUGGCCUCGGAACAAUCUCUGCUAUUUAUUCAGUAUAUCAUUUUACAGUUCUGAUAGUAAACAUAAUAAAUCGUGACGGGUUGAACUUCAUCAGAUAAAUGUCGGUAGAACGGAAACGUGAAGCUCUCUGCUCCUCUGAUGGAGGAGGAAACAAGCGCUGGACUAAUUAACGCUAAUUACCACGAGUCGCGUAAACUUCACUUAGAGUCACACAAAGACCUGGGAACCUUGGAGACAAGAAAGAAAGACAAAAAAAAGCCCAAUACAAAUUAAAAGGAGAUGAGUUACAACUACAUGAAAGCCAGACUGGCUUCUUUAGUUUUGAUAUUGAUGGCGCAGCGCUGUUGCUGCGUCUCCAGCUUUCAGGGGAAGGAAAAGCGGCUGCAAAACGCACAGCUGGCUUUACCUGCAGUCACCUGCUCAGUCCGCGGGAUUAAAGCGGUGUUUGGUCCGCUGGUCACGAAUAAACUGCAUGUCAGAGACCUGUCAGGUGCUCCGGUCCCUUUAAGUAAUUCUAAGGGGUCCUGUGGCGUGAAGGUGGGUAAAGAGAAGAACCAGAACCUCUCGCUUUUCAGCAGAUAUGACAGCUGCUAUGCAAGGAUAGAGGGCAACAAAGUGGUGGUCCCGCUGCUGGUCCAGUUGACAGGAGAGAACCGGUGGAUCAGAGUAAACAUCAGCUGUCCUCUGAUCAAGAGAAGCAGUCAGAAAACCCAGCCGAUGUCGUCUUCUUCUCCAGCUUCCCUCGGUGAAUGCAAUGCUGAUGAGUCCCUGCGUUUAAACUGUGGUCACCAAAGUAUCACCAGCAGCGCCUGCCAAAAAUUGGGUUGCUGCUACGACGCUCAGUCUACCGCCUGCUACUACAGACUUAACGCGUGCUCUCUGGAUGGACACUUUGUGUUCACGGUCAAGGCUACGGACACCCAUCCCCCCAUUGACCCCAGCAGCCUUGUGAUCAAGGAUCAGCCUCACUGUUUGCCCGCAAUCUCAACUUCAGAUACUGCCGUCUUCAAGAUGGGAGUCAUGGACUGCGGCGCGAAGAUGAGGAAAGACGGCGAUCUGGUGAUCUAUGAGGUUGAAGUGGAGGAGCAGAACAAAAAAAGGAAAAGACAUUCAGCCUUCAGUCUGCAGGUUGAGUGUGAAUAUGACGAAUCGGAUCUGAAACAUGCAAAAGACUUGAGGUCUUUGUAUACCGUUACCAAUCCACCGGCUGUAGUGGCACAGGGAACCAUGAGGGUGCAGAUGAGAUUAGCUACAGAUUCUUCCUUUACCAACUUUAUCCCAGAAGACCGGCUUCCCCUAAAACUACCGCUGCGUCAGACGGUGAAUGUGGAGAUUUCCAUCGUCCCACCGUCCCCUGACCCUGCACUCUCGCUGCGUGUGCGAGACUGCUUUGCCUACCCCGCGUCUAAGCACUCUGUGUGGACCCUCCUCCAUGAUGGAUGUCCUAACCCUCUAGACACCAUGAGAAGCUUUGUCCCUGUGGACAACCAGGGUAAGACCACCACCUACUCUCAGGUCAGGCGCUUUGAUGUGAAGACCUUUGCCUUCUUGGACCCUGAUACUGGCAAACCAAGUGUGGAGCAGAUGUAUUUCUACUGUUGGGUGGAAAUCUGCACAGAAGAUGUUGACUGUGCCCAGCGUUGUACUAUCAUCUCAUCGGAUGCGGAGCGACAGAGAAGGCAGACCACUCCUGCAUCCCGCCAGGUCCAGCUCGUCUCCGUAGGCCCGCUUCAACUGGUCCACGAAAACGCAGAACUGGAUGACCUUCAGUGUGGAAAACUGAGCAAGCUGUUCAGAGUGAUGGUGUAUGUUCUGUCUGGCGUUGGUGCUGCCCUGCUGCUGAUCCUGCUGUUUGCUCUUUGGUCAAGCAUCCAAAGAUGCGGCUGCAAGCAGAGGGCCACUACGCGAGACUUUAAAUAAACCGAAUACGUUGGCCUGCAUUAUUAUUUGCAAUGAGUUUGUUUUUGUUACUACGCUCCAACUUUAAGUAUACCUUCUAAAUCGUGUUUUUUGGGGAUUUAGAGGAAGAGGAAAUUAACUUCUGCAGCUCUUCUAAAAAUAAAGUACAUUUCCAUUCUUGCUUUGUAUACAA